AUGAAAUACUCCUGCAGUUAUUACGAGAGUUGUAUCUCCACCCUUGGAGACGCUGAAGUCGCAAUGCUUGAGCUAUAUGUCGUAAGAGCGGAUAUCAAAGACGGUAUGAAUAUCAUGGAUCUUGGCUGUGGCUGGGGCUCUGCGGUGCUCUUCCUCGCAGAGCGAUUCCCGAGCUCUACAGUUACGGGUUUCUCAAACUCCGAGGCACAAACGCAAUUCAUUCUGGAGACUGCAGAAAAAAAGGGACUUGCAAAUGUCAGCGUCAUUAUUGGGGAUGUUUUUAGCUACGAGUUCGAGAUGGAGAGCUAUGAUCUCGUUAUUUCCGUCGAACUUUUUGAGCACAUGAAGAAUUACGGACUGCUUAUGGAAAAGCUAGCACGCACACUCACGGCGAAGGGGAAUCUCUUUGUGCAUAUCUUUGUCCACCGAACUACGCCAUACAACUUCACAGAUGGCUGGAUGGCCACACACUUCUUCACCGGCGGAACAAUGCCCUCUGCAGACCUGUUGCUCUAUUUCCAAAAGGAUUUGCAGAUAAAGAGGCAGUGGUGGAUAAACGGCAAGCACUACAGCAAGACUUGCGAGGAUUGGCUGCUGUCGAUGACAAAAAAACAGGGAAGAAAUAUGGCCGUGUCUUGUGCAGACAUAUGGAGCAGAUGCCCAGGCGUGGUUCAACCGUUGGCAACUAUAUUUUAUGGCGUCAUCGGAGAUGUUUAG